AUGAGGCUGCGCGUGCACAUUCGCGAUCAGCUAUGUCUUCUGAUUCUUCUCACCAACCUCCUGGCGUUAAUGGUCCUGGCCGUCUCCACCUGGUACCAGAGCGUUCACUAUCUCAAACAGGCAAAAGCCCAGACGCUGGUGGUGACCGCCAACCUCAAAGCCGACCAAGUAGCCCAGCAGAUCUCCCUAUUCAGAUCAUCAGUACAGCAGAUCUCGACAAGACAGGUGCUCCAGGAUUUUAUGCGAGAUUUCAAUAAUGGCAACCAUUCGGAAGAGCUAUUCGAAAGUAUCAAGAACAACCUCGAAGUUACUCUGUCGGACGGCUAUGAGAAUGCCAUUCUUCUUCAAGCAGCUGUCUUUCCACGCGCUACGACGCCUGACCAAGGAAACCGCGCGCUUACGUACUUGACCGGGCCAGGAAUCACUGGCAAUAUCGCGCUUCCAACCACGUAUGAGAAUGGCACGCCCGUCAUGCUCGGCGAGGACGGGCCUGGGUAUCCCCCUCAACUCUACCCUAAUCUCACGUACGACCAGACAUCGGACGCUUACAAUGCAUUCUACGCGGACAAGCUCUUGGACAACAACUCGACCUUGUUGUUGGGUCCGCUGUUUCUGCGGAGCAACUCUUCCCUUCUCUCCUUGACGCUUCCUAUAAACAAUAAUACCAGCAGGGUCGAUAUUCUCGGUUGGCUGACUGUUGUUUUGGACGCCAAAGCCCUCUACGAUGUUGUUGGAUCCCGUGUCGGACUCGGGAAAUCUGGAGAGGUUGUCAUUAUUGGCCCUGGCGGCCGUCCCGACAACUUGUUCGCGGAACCGGUCGAUGGUCGUACCGCAAUCGAGAACGCGAACGUCGCACUACAAUUUGUUCUUCCUCCGUACAGCAAUCGCCAUCCUGCGCGCGCUAAGGAUCCAUAUCUGCCCUUUCCUAUGAAGGAUUAUCCGGCAAUCCUUCGUGCUUGGUCAGAUAUAAACGGCGAGCUCAACAAUGCUGGAGGAUUGAUGUCCACCCACAACGAAGAGGGGUUCAGAACGUCGCUUGGCUACGCCAGAGUAUCGUCCGGUAUUGUCGACUGGGUUUUGGUUUUCGCCCAGUCACAUAGCGAGGUCGUCGCACCCAUCAAUCAGCUACGAAGAACGGUCAUAGCAUCCAUUUUUAGUGUCGUUGGCGCCAUCAUGCUUGUGUGUUUCCCGAUCGCCCACUACGCCGUGAAACCGAUCAUCGCAUUGAGAACUGCCGCCAAGAAUUCAGUCACCACUUACGAAGCAUAUGAUCCGUCUGCAAAAUCGGAUACGGCAAGCGAGAGUACCCUGGAGAAAACCGACCUUCUUCAAGAGAAAGGUCCUCUCCAGAGCGUUUGUAAACGGUCCGCUAAGAAGAAAAAUCUCGUCCGCCCCGUGCGAGUGUUUAAGAUUCCUGAACGAGUGCCAGAAAGGAAGCAUCUCGUCUGGGAUGAGCUGUCAGAACUCACCGGCACGUUCAACGAGAUGGCGGACGAGCUUUCAAUUCAAUACCGAAAACUGGAAGACCGAGUCAAAAUGAGAACUGCCGAGCUCGAGCAGUCAAGGAAUGCCGCCGAAGCUGCCAAUGAGAGCAAAACCUUGUUCAUCGCCAAUGUCUCGCACGAGCUAAGGACGCCGCUAAACGGAAUCAUUGGCAUGUGUGCUAUUGCGAUGCAAGAGGAGGAUAUGCACAGCGUACGGCAAUCUCUGAAGAUCAUUUACAAGUCUUCGGAUUUGCUCUUGCAUCUACUCAACGAUCUGUUGACCUUCAGCCGCAGCUCGAUUGGCCAAAACUUCGCGAUUGAGGAGGACACAUUCCGGCUUGUCGACAUCGGCUCACAACUAAUAUCCAUCUUCGAGAAGCAGGCAUCCGAAUCAGAUAUUAGUUUGCGGGUGGUUUUCAUUGGUACAGAGCCGCCAGUACCAGGAGAUUUCGACCAAGAAGCCCAAGAAGAUGUUAUCGUUGCACGUCAUGACAUGACUGGCGCCAUACAGAGGCAGAAGACCAACGUCUUGGCCAAGGGUCCCGCCGACAUUGGGCCACUUCGGGAAGUCGGUUUAAGAGGCGACAAGAACAGGAUCCUUCAGAUUCUGAUGAAUCUCUUGAGCAACGCAUUAAAAUUCACACCCGCCAAAGGCACGGUAGAAAUGCGCAUACGGUAUAAAGGAUUCGUUGAGCCCGAAGAUAUGCCCGAGGUCAAGUACUCAAAUUCCAAGACUUCACAACAAGCGACACUUUCGAGGACGUUCCAGCGCGUUAGUCCCGAGAAGUUCCAGCCGAAGUCAUCUCUGAAAGGGCUUCUGUUUGACUUUGAGGUCGAAGAUACCGGCCCUGGCAUUCCCGAGCACUUGCAGCAAGACAUCUUCAAGCCCUUUGUUCAGGGAGACUUGGCUCUUAGCAAGAAGCAUGGCGGUGUUGGUCUCGGCUUAGCCAUCUGUUCGCAGCUUGCGGGCAUGAUGGGUGGAACCCUCCAAUUGAGGAGCACCGUUGACAUCGGUAGCACUUUCACAUUCUCCAUACCCCUGCGGUAUACCAAAGAGGUCGUACCCUCUGUCACCGACUCGCUCGCCCGACCGAGGGCUGGUAGCAUUACCAGCAGCGUACAGUUCGAAACCUUCACCACAAGAUCGGGCAAAACGCGGGAUGUUCGAUCAUUGCAGUCAAGACAGAAUUCGCUCUAUUCGACCAACCAAGACAGAGACUCCCAGCUGGACGUGCCGCGCCUUGUUGGGUUUUCUCAGCCUUAUUUGAUUGAUGCAAAUAUGAGCUCAGAAAACGUCGAGGGGACGGCACCGCACCCACCACAGAGCAAGCAAGAGCGGAGCCAGAGCUUUCCAUCACAAAGCUCCCGGCUGGCUCCCAUACUGUCCGUACCGACACCUGAAGAAAGAGGUGAUCGUCCGGAGUCGAAGCUGCGAGAGAACGAGAAGGCGCAGAAACCUUUGGAGAGGAAGUCAUCACUGGCCUCCCCAAGUAGCUCGGGUUCUCUCAAAGUGCUUGUUGCCGAAGACAACCCAGUCAAUCAACAAGUCAUUCUGAAACUGCUAAAACUCGAGAAGGUGCUCGACGUGACUUUGGCUGAGGAUGGAGAGCAAGCCGUGAACAUCGUCCAGAAGUCGCUGGCCGCGCCAGAGGACGAGAACGAAAAGCCAAAGCAUUUCUCACUGGUCUUGAUGGACAUCCAAAUGCCCAAGAUGGACGGCAUUCAAGCAACGAAGAAGAUCCGGGAGCUCGGCUUCGAUGCACCAAUUCUCGCCCUCACAGCUUUUGACCACGAGAGCAACCGGGCAGCUUGCGAGGAUGCUGGCAUGAACGGUUUCCUGCCGAAGCCCAUUAAGAGAACGGCACUGAGAAACGUACUAGAAGAGUACAAGUCCCCGGUGGCAGGGGAUGCAACAGGCGAAGCGCCAGGGGAUGCCAAGGGCAAUGGAGAAGGCAGCAAUUCAGGUUAA